AAUAAUACUUUCCCCUCCACAUUAGCUCAGACACAGAAGCAAACCAGCAGUGUGUCAGGGUGCAACAAAGAACAGCAUCAUCAAAGCUGAUCUUUUCGCAACCUGACUACAAGAGGACAGAGGAAGGAGACCAUUUGGCGGGAUAGGCUGAUUUAUGACAGGGUCUGGUCUUCAAACGUGGGAAAGGACAAAAGGAAAGGGAGGUGUGGAUGGAGAAGGAGGAGGGGGGAGGCAACAACCCCAUAUACUGAGGGGAAAAGCGGAAGAGGGUCAGUAAAAGCUUUUGCAGUCAUCUUGGCAAGGCGGAUUCAAUAAAGUUUUCCAUUGCGACCAGCGGUGUGAGCCUAUUUCUUGGGUCCUACACCUUCCAGGAACUGACAUUAAGCUUUUACUCCCUUUUUUUUCCGGCUCAUCCCGUGAGGAAAGGUCUCUCCGGUGAGAGCAUGAACCCUGAUGGAGGAGAAACCAUGAAGGAAUUCCUCUUCCUGGAAGAAGAACAGGCGAACCCUCGAGGUGCCGAGGAGUUGAGAGAGGAAAGGAACCCAUCGCCCGCGUUGAGCGAAGGGGGGACAGACCCCUCGGACCCGUCGUGGAAGCCGCUGACCUCCACCCAGUUACCCGCAGGCAGGGGAGUGACGAUGGAUCUGAUGCAGCGGCAGGUAAACGAGUCCUGGAGGGCGACAGUCGAGCAACGGGAGCAGAGGAGAGGGCUGCCCGGGAGAGGCACUGAACCCCGUCCCUUUGCCGGGGAGGGUCCACAGGACUAUGAGGAUGAGAUGCCUCAGCAGGGGACAUCAGUUUUCCCCACGGGCCUGUCGGGAAGGAGCCAAAUGCCUGGGAAGGGAGAAUUUCGGGUGAAGUUCAACGGGGACCCCAAACAGCUGUCUUAUUUCAUUACAAACGUAAGACACUUCAUGGAGGAUUUUGGGGACCAAUUCCCUUCAGAAAGCGCAAAAAUCCACACGGUGGGGGCAAACUUGAAAGAAGCAGCUGCAGACUGGCUAAUGCAGAUGUAUGAUACUGGUGCCCGGGAGCUGGCCUGCCUGGAGGAUUUCCUAAGAGCCCUCCGUGAGAGAUUCGAAGACCCUUUGGCAGAGGAGAGGGCGAAGGCCCAACUCAAAAGGAUAUACCAGGGAGGAAGGACAGUGUCAAAAUACGCCCUGGAAUUUAAAGCCACAGCGGGGAAGAUUAGGGACUGGUCCGACACCACCAAACUGGAAUAUUUCAGGGCUGGUUUACGCUCUGAGGUGCUCAAGUGGGCUUUACACAGAGGAAAUCCAAGAGACUUGGAGGACUGGAUUUUGCUAGCGGGGCGCGUGGAGGUGGACCAACAGCAAAUCUCUCGUCGUCCAAGGGAGAGCAACAGAAUCAAACCCCCGACAGCAGCAACACGGCGCUUCUCCCCUCGUCGCGGAAGGUCGACCAGCAGGGAGAGGAGAGCAGGGAGGGGGGCCUGCUUCGCUUGCGGGCGAGAGGGACAUCGAGCGGCACAGUGUCCGAAAGGGACAGGCGUGGAGACAAAAGGAGAGAGGCUUCACAGCCAGAAGCUGCCCCACCAGAACUCCAAACUAGCAAAAGGGAAAGCUGCCAUGGCAACGGAAACGGCUUUAGCCCCAGGGCAGCUUCAGGCAGAAGAGAUGGAGGAAGCGGAGGACCUGGAGUUACCGGGAAACGACCGGGAUCUGUUUUGAA